AUAUUGAAAACAGGAAUCCACAAAACAGAUGUUUGGUACUUAAAAGUGUACAACACUUGUGUAUAAAUGAUAAAAAUGACAAUUUUUUCCAUCUCGAAACUAUUUCUAGAACAAAACUUCACUUAUUGUUAGGUCUGUUCAUUUUUGCAAAAAAAAUGUUUUGCCGAAUUUUGAUCUAAAACUGAAUAUUUGAAGCAGUUAGCAAGAAUGGUUGAACAGGAAAAACCUCAAGCUGGUGAAAAGGGAUCUGGCAGUGUAGAAAGAUGGCGUUGGAAGGAUCUUCUUAUUCUUUUAUCCUUUCUCUUCUCUUUAGUCUCUCUGAGUUCCAUAAUUUGGACUUAUGAACCCAGUCUCCAUUUCCCUUCUCCUGUAUAUCCUAGUCUAUGUGACGAGGAUAAAGUAGUUCAGGAGAUCCUUGAGAAAGUAGAACAGAGCAGUAUGAGUAUACCUGAAGAACUGCUCAACCUCAAACUAAACCUAAAAAAUCUACUCCGACAGUUUUCGGACCUCACCACUGAUCAAAACACUUUGAAAACUGAUGUUUCAAAGUUGAAAAGUUACUCAAGUGAGUUAAAAAGUGAUUUUGCAAGUCUGAAACAUGAAUUUGCAAUGGUGCAAAGUGAAUUUGCAUAUUAUGCAAGCCUGGAAAAGAAUAGAAGAGACUCUACAGUAUUAGAUGAAAGAAAACUGACACGAGUUAAACGAGAAACAGAACAUCAGAAGGAUUGGUGGUGGAGUGGAUCGGAAAGAUUGGCGCGUCAAAUCCAAUCCAUUGAGGAAAAGCAACAACAAAGACCAGCUCAGGAGUUUGAAGGAUCCGGAAGCUGCACCUGUCCUCCUGGCCCCAGGGGGAAAAGAGGGAAAAAGGGAAGAAAAGGAGACACAGGGCGGGUCGGGCCUCCUGGUAUCCCUGGUAAACCAGGAAUUCAAGGAAUCCCGGGACCUGUUGGGUUGGAUGGGAUUAAGGGUGAGCAAGGGAUUGCUGGAAUCAAGGGGAACAAAGGAGAAGCUGGAGCAGGUUCCGGUUACCAGUUUAUGACUAGGAACGAGGUACUAUCUCGGGGUUACCAGGUUCCUGAUAACGAGGUUCUUGUGCUUAAAGGAGAACCCGGAGAACCUGGCGAUCUAGGACCUCAAGGACCUCCAGGGCCCCAGGGGAAACAUGGUAUUGAUGGUUUACAAGGCAAGCCAGGACUGGACGGUUCUCCUGGUAUACCUGGAGAACCAGGGAAACCAGGAAACCAAGGCAAAGAUGGAAAACCUGGGAUGCCGGGCAAACCUGGAGAAAAGGGGCCUAAGGGGGACAGAGGAAUGCUUUCCUCUGUUACCGGAGAUCUACCAACAGCUAUAUUGGAGGGACCACCUGGACCACCUGGACCUCCAGGCGAUAAUGGUAAACCUGGUGAGAUGGGUCCAACAGGGAAACCAGGGGUCCCGGGACAGGACGGGAAACGAGGGAAGAAGGGGGACACAGGCCAGGGGCUACCAGGGGAAAAGGGGGAGAGAGGAGAGAAGGGAACAAAAGGAGAAUUGGGAACACUGGGUGUAGACGGAUUCCCAGGUUUAAAGGGGGAGAAGGGAGACCCUGGAGUAAAUGGAACCCCUGGAGAGCCUGGGGUCAGGGGCAAGAGAGGAAAGAAGGGGGACAUGGGGCCUUCUGGGCCCCCAGGACUAGACGCACCCUGCCCUACAGGUCCUGACGGUUUACCUAUUCCCAGCUGCGGGUGGAGAUCAGGGAUACAACUGGGUCCUGAUACUGACCUGGCAAUAGGAAAACUAAAUAAUAAAGAAACAAAAGCUGAAUAUGAUGAUUACGAUGAUUAUGAUGAUGAGGAUAGUGUAGUGUACGGGAUGAAGAAUAUAUUUGUUUAG